CAAAGCAAUGGAUCUCCAGUGUAGUGCCCAGGUUGUUAUCCGAUGUGACCUUUGUGAGACAGCUGGAGUACAGAUGCUCUGUGAUUUCUGUCAUGUCAAUUUAUGUAUAGCUUGUAUAGGAAAACACGUUUCUGAUGGCUAUGAAAAACAUAAAGUGGUUCCAUUCAAAGUACAGAAAUCAACCUUGAUCUAUCCAAGGUGUACAAUGCAUCCGACCAAAAGCUGUGAUUUACAAUGUAAGGAGUGCAACAUUUCUGUUUGUUCAUUUUGCUCGGAAUCCAAACAACACGAAGAGCAUGAUCUCGUACACCUUUCAGAAAUCUUUGCUGCAAAGAAAGUAUUCAUUGAAAACGAUGAGACAGAAUUAGAAAAAUAUAUUUCUUCAACAUAUAGAACAAUAGUUAUUGAAAUAGAAGCUCAGAUGGCCAGGUUACAUGGUGAUUAUGAAAAACUUACAGAAUUUGUUACAGAACGGGGCAAACAAUGGCACAGAGCUAUUGAAAGAGUCACCAAGGAAAUGGUGGUGGAAAUCAAUGAGAUGAAAGGAAGACACCAGAGCAUUCUGAAACAACAACUGGACGAAAUAGGAAUGAUACAAUCUCUUAUUGAUGAAACACUGCUUACCAUGAAGAAAAUUAAAGAAUCGAAUGAUGUGUCCAUGGCUUUGGAGUACACCUCGAGAGUCAAAGAAUUUAAGAAAUCUCCGAAAGUUCAAAUAUCUCUACCGACAUUCAGUCCACAAUAUAUAGACAGUGAACAGGUUCAUAAGUUGUUUGGAUCUUUAUCACCUUUACUCGCCAAACGGGAAGCAGACAGUUACAGACUAUUGAACCCUGAAGCCACAGUUAAAGCACUGCUGGAAGAGCCAAAGCUCAUAUCUUCUAUAAAUACUGGAUGCAAAAACCUCUGCAGUGUUACAUGUCUUAGUGAAGAAGAAAUCUGGACAAGUUCAGGGGUCAGUGGUUUAAUGCAAUGCUUCAACACUCAAAGCUCACUUGAAACGUCUGUCAAAGCCAAAUCAAGAGAAUUUCCAAGUGAUAUAACGUUAACAAGUGAUGGAGAUCUAUUGUACAGUGACUGGAAAACAAAAACCGUGAAUAUCCUGAAAAAUAAAAAGAUAAAGGAAGUUAUUAGACUGCAUGGCUGGAUACCUAACAAUAUGUGCGUCACCUCCUCUGGCGAUCUCCUGGUUACCAUGUACAGUGAUGAUAAAACACAAUCCAAAGUUGUCCGUUACUCUGGCUCCACAGAGAAAGAAACAAUCCAGUUUGAUGAUGAGGGAAAACCUCUUUAUUCAGGAAACAAGUUCACUAAAUAUAUCAGUGAGAAUAGAAACCUGGAUAUAUGUGUGUCUGACUACGGAGCUGGUGCUGUAGUGGUGGUCAAUCAGGCUGGAAAACUCAUGUUUAGAUACACUGGUCACAUCUCAACUAUCAAGAUAGACCCGUUUAAGCCAAGAGGUAUCACGACAAACAGUCACUAUCAGAUCUUGGCAUCAGAUUAUGAGAACCACUGCAUUCACAUCUUAGACCAAGAUGGGCAUUUCCUCCGUUAUGUAGAUAAUGUGACUACCCCAUAUGGUCUGUGUGUGAACAAAAGUGAUUAUCUCUUUGUUGCUGAAAAUUACACAGGGAAUGUCAAGAAAAUCAAAUAUAUCAAAUACUAGUAAU